UAAAAAACAUAAUUUGCGUUAGUUACAGCCCUGUUCAGUGAACGUGUGAGCGAGAGAAUACGAAACGGACUCACAGAUACGGAGCGGCCGCGUACCGACAUGGCCGCGCGCCUCCACUGCGUGACGCGAUCGCAUUUUCCCUCAAACCCGUCAAAAUACGCCAUAUUGUUUUAUCGUAUACAAUUAUUUAUAAUCACAAUAACAUCUUUCUAAACAUACAGUGCUAUCCAAACCCAAACAACAACCCCGCGGAUAAUGUCAAGUGGUCAUUAAUUUUAUACCUAUUAUUGAUAAUUGUUGUAAUAAUUAUCUCGGUUUAUCACGAUCGACGAUUUGUUAUGGACGUGUGUAAUUUAAAUAACGAAAUAUUUUAUAAUUAAAUAGAUACGUGCGCGAGUGUUUCUAAAAAUAUUACGUUGAAAAAUAACUGUUAUGUAGACAGUGUUGUGUUAAUUUUAGUGCAAUGUCUAAGCUGAACGUUAAAAUAAGAAUGCAUUUAAAAUUGCCAUUGUUUUAAAAAAAUGUUUAUCGAAAUGGAUGUGUUUGUGCAGUGACAUGGAUUAUCCUUUGUGUGUUGGAUUGUAAAAAUGGAUAAACCCUCAUUUAAGCUGGUGGGUGCCCCGUGCGGCCACCACGGCCAGUACACGUUCUACAAGGCGCUGCGCCUCACGGGAGCCUCGGAGAAGAUCAUCGCCAUCGGGGACUUCUUCUUCGUCAGGGUCUGGCAGGACUCCGAGCUGGUCUCCAUAGGAGAACUCCAGCUGCUCUGGACGGACAGGGUGUCAGACCAGACCCUGGUCAGUCUCCGACUGUACUUCCUGCCCGAGAACACGCCGGAGGGGAGGAACCUGCACGGAGAGGUACGUUCUGACUUCUAGAAGAUAAAUGUGAAACUUGGUUUCAUAACCUGAAUAGGGUUUAUAAGUGCCGAUUUAUGUCCUUGAGAAACGGUAUUCUAGUUUCUCACGUGAGUUUUUGUAUCUGGAGCUCGUUCGCUUUUCCUGGGCAGGUAUGAAGACAGUUUUAGCCAUAAUUGCCCAUUCGUUGACCUAAUACCAAUGACUCUUUAAACUGCCCAUUUUUUGGGCUCAAGAACUAUUAAUUUACAAUUCAUUGGAAAUUUCUCGGAAUCCGAGAUCCGCUUUGUUUUAUUUAAGCAGAUUUAAAAUCGAUAUGGGUCUAGAUCGAAAAGAAAUUUGAUGACAUAAACAGUCGGUUGAUACGCAAAUAACGUUCUCUAUGGUAUAUAAUAAGGCCCUAAGAAUAAAUAGUAUCAAAAUCGAAUUAUGUUUAAUGACAAAAAUGUACACUAUAUUUUCUAGAAUUGUCAUUUCUAUUCAUUCAGAUUCUCUUCAAUUUUUGAUAGGUACUAAGUAGAUACUAGGUUAGGUUAUUUUGACUAGGUUCAUAAUUUAAGUUUACUGUUUCGGAUAAUUAUAGUUCCGUCUCGUAAUUCCCAUGAAUGAUAGUUCAGUAAUGAUCUGUGAGUAAAGCUAGUUUAUUGAGUGAUGGUUAUCGAUUUAUUGCUAUAAUUGUUUGACCUGGCCGCCGGGUCAUCAGCCUCCUAGAUUCGCGGGAACCUCCCCGUCAAUAUAAUCAUUAUUAUAUAUAGGUGUCAUUCAUAAAGAGAUUUUAAUUGAUGAAAAGUUUAAUGACAAUAUUAUAAUCUAGACUCUAUACUAAUAUAUAAAGCUGAAGAGUUUGUUUGUUUGUUUGAACGCGCUAA